CCUUCCUGACCUCUACGAGGCACCUCUUCGUAUUCGCCUCGCGGCAGUUCAGGUUCCCGAGGCGAGUCCGCUUCCGUCGGGUCGUACAUGUUCUUUGAAUUGGCUGCAGGCGCCGAAGCCGAUGACGCUAGCCCAGGCCCUGGCGGCGCUGAGGCGGCGAGGAAGUUCGGGUCCCGAGGGAAGGCGGUAGGGUCCCGAGGAAAGGCAGGGUCUAGGGGACUGCUAGCCGGCGUCGUCCUCGUCGAGUUCGUCUGCAGCAUCGAGUCGUGCGCCGCUCGAAUGUCCACCCGCAUUGAGGACGCGUCGCGUAUGGUUGAGACAUCGCGCGUCGUGCCGUACGACUUCUCCGGCAACGCAGAUGCCUGGGAAGAAGGUGAUUGGUGCCUCCGUCGCGUGGGACUCGCCAGAGGUUUCGGCUUCCCAAUUGAAGGCGUAUCAAUGGGUAUUGGUCGUUGGUCAACCAGUGAAGCGCUGCGCUUAUGAGUGACCGAGCGAUAUGGCGUCCCGGCAGGGUUCAAAGCUUGUCGCCCCUCCUUCGCCCUAUCGACGCCCUCCUUUGCGCCAUCCGUGGGCACAGCGACACCCUCCUCGCCCCGUGCCCUCUUCCGGCCCACCUCAUCGACACCCGCGUGCCUAGACGCACUGCGGGCCCGCCGACCCUUGGACCACGACCUUGAUACGCUGAGCGGUCUCCUGG